AUGGUGCUGCUGCCUUCGAGCCUCGCGGCAGUUGUCGCUCUGGCUCUCUGCCUGGCUGCGGAGGGAAAUACAUGGACAUCGCUCUCGCCGUCCAAUCCACCGCCGGGGAUCGGCCGAGCGGCUAUGGUCUGGGACGAGGUGGGUGAAGGAGCCCUCCUCUUCGGCGGAGAAGCGAUGCCAAGCUAUAACAAAAUCAACACCCUGUUCUUCUACAGCAAAAGCUCGAACGCCUGGUCUGUGAUGUCAAGUACUGGAGCUCCAGCUGCACGACACAUGCACACGGCCGUUCUGCGAACACCGCAAAGAAUACUGUAUGUCUUCGCUGGGGGAACACGUGAUAUUCACAGUAGCGCUACCGGCCAGCUCUUCAGUGAUUUGUUUGGGUAUGAUGUAGCGGCAGAUUCCUGGGCGCAGUUGACGAGCCACGCAACUCCACGUGCGCUCCAUACAGCCGUGUGGGAUACGGCCUCAGACCGCAUGAUCAUCUAUGGUGGCGAAGCCGAUGACUCAUCGAAGACAAAGCUGGGUGACGUGUUGGAGUAUGAUCCCGGCUCAGACACAUGGAGCUCUCCCACCGUAGGCGUUGAGCCAAAUGCGCGAAGCGGGCAUGUGGCUGUGUGGGAUGCAACUUCUGAGGUAAUGAUAAUGUGUUGUGGACAUGGAGAUGUUUCAGUCUACAACCCAUUCGUAAGCUCUUCAGAGCAGCAUUACAAUGACAUCUGGAGCUAUUCGGAUUCUGCGGGCUGGGUGGAGCUAGUGCAAUUUGGCAGCUUUACACCGCGACGCGAGCUGGCCGCCGUUUGGGAUGCAAAUACACGUUCACUGCUGGCUUAUGGUGGUCGCUUCACCACUGGCGAGGUGGAUACCAUGUUCUAUUAUUUCGGCACCACGGAGACUUCUUACCAGGAGACUCUUGCGGGACCGGGUGCUCGCGAUGCGCACUGCGCGGCGUGGAACCCUGCCUCUGCAGAGGCCUACAUGAUUGGAGGAUGGACUGGUUCAGGUUUCGAUGAUGUGUUGUGGAAGUUCACGAGUACCCAUACAUCAGUUACAUCGACGUCUACCGCUUCCACGGCGAGCUCCACAACCUCGAGCAGCACAACAUGGACGAGAAGCAGCUCUUCUACCACGUCGAACAGCCUAACAUCAACAAGCAGCUCUACUUCUGAAACUACUACUACACGUUCUUCAUCAAUAAGCAGCUCAACUUCUGAAACUACUGCUACAAGUUCUUCAUCAAUAAGCAGCUCUACUUCUGAAACUGCUACUGCCAGUUCUACAUCAACAAGUAGCAGGACAACGUCAUCUAGCAGAUCAACAUCCUCUGUCACUGUUACCACUUCAGCAAGUAGCUCAACGUCCACCAGCACAUCGAGGAGUUCCAGCCAAACAUCAAGCAGCUCGACAUCUACCACUGCCACCUCGACCAGAAGUACCGCAGAAUCGUCAAGCAGCUCGACCUCCACCACGUCAAGCAGCCGCACAAGCAGCACUAGUAGUAGCACAUCGUCAAGUAGCUCAGCCUCUGAGACGGGCACUACUUCAACAAGCAGCUCACCCAGCACUUCGUUGACAAGAACGUCGAGUUCGAGCAGCACUGCGUCCGCGAGGGGAUCCUCCGUUACUCUAAGCACUACUACGAUCGCCUCCAGCGUGACAUCAACCCUGGCUCAGCUUGGAUCCUCCACUGGUUCCAGGACACAGACCUACACCUCCACCUCAUCAGCAACAAGCUCAGGAACAGCUGCCUCUGGAAUUCCGUCCGUGGUCGUGUUUGACCAGGAUGCCCUCGAUGCCGUCGAGGAAGCAGAGCAAAGCGCUGCGUUGGAGGUGAUAGCCACUCUGGGCCUGAACGUCUCUGACUUGGAUGGCGCCGCGUCAGGAGGAGUUCUUGGGAAUGUUACUUGGCAGUCUCCAGCUGCUUCAGUCCAUGCAUGGGCCUUGGCCCCAAGCUCCAGCAGACCUCUAACUCUGGAUGCUGGGCAGCUAAGCGUGGUCUUACCGCCAGAGGUCCUGGCGCAGGCUUCGCAGCUCGCACAGGACACAGCGCAGGCCCACAGUUCGCUUGUUGUCUUGACAGUGGGCUUCUCGCGCAACAUGUCCAUGGUGCUCAACGGUACCGGCUUACUGGCCUCUCCUGCUGUAAGCAUGAACUUCCGCACGGUCUUGGGCCAGCGUCUGUUUCUGGAGGACUUGGUCCAACCACUGGAGCUCAGGUUUCAAGGCUCCCAGGAACUUCGGAGCCAGCGAGCCCGCUGCAAGUGGUGGGACCCGGAAGGCGAAAACUGGGUCGACGAUGGCGUCCGGCGCUCCUUCCGCCCCGAGCAUGCGGAGGAGUUUGUUUGCCUCACAAGCCACCUCACGAUUUUCGGAGCUGUGCUGGAGGCCGUCCGGCUGGUGCUGCAGUGCUCUACAGCCUCGGAGGUGUUGUCAGUUGAUGGCCUCCAAAAUCUAGGCACUGCCCAGUGGUUGCACUAUGUGGCAACCAUCGUCACCUUUGUCUCCAUCAGCUUCUUUGCCGGUGCCAUGAUCUGGGCCAUGCAUCGUGACUGCCGGACGGCGCAAGACCUGCCCCCGGAGGAGGUGGCGGAGGCGCUGCUGGUGAGCCGUAGCGAGGUCCAACGUGGUGGUUUUGAGGCCGAAGAAGCCGAAGAAGUGCAGCACCAGGCUCGGGGAGCUGCGAACCGCCACUGCUGCCGCUUGUUGCGGUGUGCUCGUUGCAGGGCCUGUGCCAUGAAAACUUUGGAUGGUGCGGUGUGGUUGCUGAGCACCAUGUUCGAGGUGCAGGCAACCGAUUCCGUCUCGGAGCUGCUGGAUGUUAAGAUGGCCAUGGUGAACCGUUGCAUCACUUCGAUCCAUGCUUACCGCACCGGCGCCUGCCGGCAGAGCAUCCGAACGGUAAUGGCGUCCAGCGGAGAGAAGAAGCUUCGGCGACCCAGCACCAGAGGAGGCGAUGUGACACGGACCAAGACGACUAAUUCUGUGGUUAGCGCCAUGGACACCUGGAACGUUCACUAUCACGGCGUCCAGACUGUGGAGAGGUUCCUGCAUGGCUCAUGGCUCAGGCGCGUGAUCAUACUUCUUCCCUGUAUGCAUCCCUGGCUCACUGCGUCGCUGAGGAGCCUCUUCAGGUCCCACACUGUGCGAGUUGCACUGAUUGUUCUGAAGCUGGUGAGUGCGGCCUUCACCAAUGCCUUGUUCUUCACUAGCACUGCACAAUCGCCAGACUCCGAUGAGGAGUGCGCAGCACCACAAACCCUGGAGGAGCAGUUGCUGACUGCAACCGUUGUCGGUUUUCUCUCUGCCUGUGCGGGGGACGUGCUGAUCGUGCUACUGGCCUUGAUCCAGCGACGGCGCGUGCUUGUCCGAGAUGUCUGGACGCCCAAGAUGAAGUCCAGGCAGUUAGCUCGGUGGCGCUGGAGGCAAAGACUCUUCUGGCUCAUAUGGCUGGUGAUCGCUGGCUUUUCCGUUCUCUACACCCUCACCUUCCUCGCGAAUGUAAGCGCGGCAGAUGCGGCCAAGUGGCUUGAGAGCACCGCGAUGAGCACCUUGCAAGACUUGAUCUUCAAACCGGUUCUCCUUGCCGUGGGCUAUGCUACGCUGUCGACUCUGGUGCUCUUGUGCAACCCGAGUGUCAAAGAGACCGUGACAGAUCGAUGGAUACACCCCGACGAAGUCGAAGAUCGUUUCGUCGCAGACCUUCCAAGCUUAAGCUUCUUGGACCGGGACGACACCGCCUCGGCCGGCUCUGAAAGCCUUGGGAGUCUGGAGGUUUUUAGGUUUUAA